GACGCAUUCAAGAUGCCGCACCGGGAACUUAAAUUUCGGUGUCGAUCUCUCACCAAAUGUGCGAGAGCAUCUUUGGAAACCAUGCCUACUAUCUCUGCCUCUGCCAAAGUCCUCGUCUCAGGCGCCAACGGGUUCCUCGCCACGUGGGUGGUGCGCUCCUUCUUGGAGCAAGGCUACACCGUGCGCGGCACUAUUCGCUCGGCGAGCAAGGGGGCGAAUCUCAAGGAGCUCUUCAAAUCGUACGGCGACAAGCUCGAGCUAGUCGUUGUGCCCGAUAUCACUGCGGAGGGCGCGUUCGACGAGGCUGUCAAGGGCGUCGAUGGGAUCGCACACACCGCCUCGCCGUUCUACUUCAAUGUGACUGAGCCCUCUGAGCUGAUCGAGCCCGCGGUCAAGGGUACUGUAGGGAUGCUCCAGAGUGCCCUGAAAUACGGCGCCAAUGUCCGCCGCGUCGUCGUCACGUCGUCGUGCGCUUCUAUCAUCGACUUGAACAACACGAAGCCCACUCUCUUCACGGAGGAGCACUGGAACGACGGAGCGGUUCACGAGGUGGAGACCAAAGGUGUCGACGCCAACAAUGGCGCCAAGUACUGUGCGAGCAAGACCCUGGCCGAGCGCGCUGCGUGGAAGUUCAUGAAGGACCACCCGGAGGCCAAGUUCGAUCUCUCGGUGCUGAACCCUCCGAUUGUUCUCGGUCCCGACAUCCAGGGAGUGAAAUCUCCCGCGGAGCUCAACACGUCCUUGCAAUCGAUGUACUACGGCCUGACGAACCCGGAUGCGCUCGUCGGCGGUGCGCCGUAUGUCGAUGUCCGUGACAUCGCCCUCGCCCAUGUCCGCGCGCUCGAGCGUGAGGCGGCCGGUGGCGAGCGCAUCAUUGUCUGCGCCGAUAAGAACUACACCUGGCAGGACAUCAUCGAUGUCUUGCCCCCUGCGGCUGUUGCCUCUGGAAAAUACCAGAAGGGCAACCCCGGGACUGGCAAGGACUUUGUCCAGCUCACGCUGCACGACAACGCCAAGAGCGUCCGGAUUCUCGGCAUGAAGUACCACACAUUGGAGGAGAUGACCGCGGCGACUGUUGAGCAGUGGGGUGGCCGUGGAUGGUAGUCGUAGCUCAAUCGAACGAUUCGGACUUAUAUUUAGUUUCAUUUCUGAAUUGCAUGCCUAUGGCCUAGGGAUUUCAGCUCAUCGCUCAGAUCAAAUACCACACGGGUGUUCCAUAA